AUGGCUGGACGCCGCUCAAGACGCGCCACUCUUUCCUUCUUCUAUAAACCUAAUAUUCCAAGAAUCACCGCAUUCGCGAAAAGAGCCCUACCGCCGAGGGCGGCCCGCUUGUACGGCCCGCCUGUACGGUCCGCGCCUAGCGCUCUCCGCCCGCUUUUAGUGAUUGCGAUGCGGUCUCACACUUGCGCACUACGUAUUACGACGUUUCACACUCGCAUCCACUGGCUCCUCCGUGGAAACCGCAACGGAUCCGUUGCGCUGGAGUGGACGGCGCCCACCGCGACGCCGACUAGCCAACCUUGCGGUGGCCAACGCUGGUUUUGGGCCAGAGGAUCCGGGAUCCGCGGGCGAUGCCCGACGUACGGCGUGAGAAAUCCGCGACGCGACACGACGCGACGCGCGCCGCGCUGCGGCGUGUUCUGGGGCAACCGCGCGGCCAGAAUGCAGGUCAAACGCCGAGUGUGCAUUGUGCGCGAGGCGGGUGUACGGAUGUGCGUAUUUGGGGGGCCGGAAACGGGUGCAGUUACCAGGGGCGGCGGAGACAAGCGGAGGCAGCGGAUAUGGGCGGAGACAGCGGCCCGGCGGCACCGAGCGCUGCCGGAGAUUGGAGUUGGAGCCGGCGCUUGGCGCCGGCUCCGCCAGAGGAUCCGAGGUUCCGGGGUCCCGCGCGAGCGCGGGCGUGCCCCGGGGCUGCGAGCAGCUGGAGAAUGGCACGGCGGCGGCGGCGAAGACCGCCGCGACGCACGUACGUCAUGGCGGGGAACAGGUCGUCGCGCACGGCGCGCAGCGGCCGUGCGGCGCUAG